GUUUGUGUGUGUGACACUAAACCUACUCCACCUUCAGUAAAGUGUUCCUGACAUUCUUUUGCCCACAGCAAUAUAAUAAUAAUGUUGUUAGUCAAAUGCCUUAAGCCUGAAAUCUUAGGUUAAUCAUUGAUUUGGCACAAAACAGCGAUGGAAUUCUUAUUUAUUUCAACAGUUACCAUAUGCUUUUAUUUGUUUAUAGCAACUGAAUCAGAAGGUUUUUGUCUAGUGUGAAAUCAUCAGCCUGUCGUCACCUCAAAAAGCCAGUGACUUAGUAAGACAAAAAGUCAACACACCGAGACCUACGCCUAUAAAGCAAUGUUUACUUAUGGGAAGUGGAGGAAAAACAAGCGAAACUGCACAAUGUCUAGUCAGUCAGUCAGUCAGUGAGUGAGAAACAGCGCCUGGCUCUAACUGAGAGUUUGUAUUUUCAAGAAGAAAUGGCGUGACUUGCAGAGAGAGGAUCCUUUAGCUUUACGCUUUUUCUGGUGCAGCCAUGAGCCUGCUGGGGAGGAUCAUUUUCAUGAGCAUGGUCUGCCUCAUCCUGAUAUUUGCAUUCUUCAUCACCCUCAUCCUGAUCUUUGCCUUUUCAAACGCUUCCUUUGGUACACUGAGCAGCGACCGAAUACCCGUAGCAAACCUAGGUCAGGACCAUGUGCUCAGCUGCUACCUGCCGAACACAAUUGUCACCAAGCUGUCGGUCACCUGGGCAAAAUUGGGAGAAAGUGGGGUUGUCUAUCAGUACAGCAAUGGAGCUCCUAUCCUACAGGACCAGAACUCACAAUUCAGAGGUAGAACGGAGCUUUUCCCUGAUGCUUUGGUGAAUGGGAAUGCUUCUCUCCGGUUAAGGACUGCGAGACGCUCGGAUGAGGGAGAAUACACCUGUACCAUCAGCUCCUCUGCAGGGGGAGGGAAGGUCAGCAUCUCCCUCAGGACAGCAGCUUACACAGCCCCAACGUUCACGCAUGUCAAUAAUACCCUGAUCGCCCAGGCAAACCGAUGGUCCCCUAAGCCUAAUGUGACCUGGUUUACCAUCGAUCAAGAUGUGCUACAGGGGAGCACUUACUUCUCAGAAGCCUCAAAUAACAUUUACAGUGUGGUCAGCACCUUGCAGACAAUUAAUAACAGUGGGAAUUACCUCUGCAAGAUUGAAAAUGACCUGGUGCUGUCUACGUCCAUCAUCACUUCGGCAGAUUCUGAUGUAUCGGUGACUUCAUACUUCACCUACAGUGAUGCUCCGCCUGUGCUAUUGUCAGCUUACCUAAAUAUAAUUCCCUUUGUUUUCUGCGUCUGCUAUUUGACCUAAUCGUUGACAGUGAAGAUUCUGUUGACUUCAGACUGCUUCAGGAAGCUAAUUUGGCAAUUGCUCAGUAGUUAGCAACAGGUCCAACAGCACUUACGUGGAUUGUGUUUGCUAUUAAAAUGACAACAGCGCUAAAUAAAGUAAACAGCAUGGGUUUGGACUUAAAUAAGCAAAGCCAAAUUUGUGUUGACAAGCUUUGUGCUCGAAGCACCACAAAUGUUAAAUGUGCAAAUAGUAAAAAACAAACCAUGCUGAAAUAGUAAUAAUAAUAAGAUUAAAGUCGUAUUUGUUAGAACUUAAAUAAGGUGCUUAUUUUUUCACCAAUUUAUUUAGAAUAUGCAAAAGUUGUUUAAUAAAGAACCAGGCAGUCUCAAACGAUAGCCCGCUGGGCUAUACUGGAACUGCAAGUGGAUUGAAAGAAAUCAAUAAAGAUAUACACCUGAAAUUCUA